CCGUGCUGAGCAUGGCCGAGCCUCCCCGGGGGCUCCGGGGCGGUGCUGCCGGGCUCGGGGCGCUGCUGCCGGGGCUCCGGGGCAGGCUCCGCCGCUGGGGCCGGCAGCUCUGCUGCUCGCUGCUGCUGCUGCUGUGCGCGGGCUGGCCGCGCUGCCUCACCCCCCCUCUGCCCUGCAGGCUGCUCUUCGGGAUGCUCUACCCGGCCUACGCCUCCUACAAGGCCGUGAAGACGAAAAACAUCCGGGAAUACGUCCGAUGGAUGAUGUACUGGAUCGUUUUCUCUCUCUUCAUGGCCACAGAGACCUUCACCGACCUCCUCAUCUCCUGGUUCCCCUUCUACUACGAGGUGAAGAUGGCCUUUGUCAUCUGGCUGCUGUCGCCGUACACGCGGGGGGCCAGCCUGCUCUACCGCCGCUUCGUGCACCCCACGCUGGCCCGCAAGGAGAAGGACAUCGACGCGUUCCUGGUGCGGGCCCGCGAGCGCGGCUACGAGACCGUGCUGCGCCUCGGCAAGAGGAGCCUCAACCUGGCGGCCAGCGCCGCCGUCCAGGCGGCCACCAAGGGCCAGGGCGCGCUGGCCGGGCGCCUGCGCAGCUUCAGCAUGCAGGACCUGCGCUCGCUGUCGGAGCAGGCGCCCGUGCACUUCCAGGACCCGCUGUACCUGGAGGAGCAGCAGAGCCUCCAGCAGCCCCUGGGCCAGCGCUACGAGAGCGACUCGGACGAUGAGGAGAUGUGGUCGGACUCGCAGGUGCCGCCCCCGCGCUGGGAUCCCAAAUCCCUUUCCCGCAGCCAGAGCCUGAGAUCCCAGAGGAAGAACCCUGCAAAAGAGGGCUCCUCCCGCCUCCUGCGCAGCCGGGCCAGGAGGAAAGCGGCUCUGUCGGAGCAGGAGAGCUGAAAAUCCUGGGAAAUCUCUGCCAGGAG